AAAGUUUAGUUUCCUCCAUCACUAUUCACGGGUACUUUCACUUUAAUCCGGUGUAUCUGAAACUGCUCUACUCACCUAUGCCACCUGAAUGCCUGGUGACUUCUCCAGACUUCUUCUCAAGGCAUGAUGGGUACUUGAGUUUUAUGUAGCAGUCAUGUUUCCAUCACUGUGACAUUACAUUGACACCUUUACACCAAAUCUUCACCCUAAAAUUAAUGAUUGACGUUAUCUGGACCUGCUGUUUGUCACCAAAAGCGAGGCUGCAAGACUGAGAAACUGAGAAAUGAGUGGAGAGGCUGAUAAGAUGCAGGAGUAUGAUAUUAUAGUGCUGGGAACUGGACUAAAGGAAUGUAUCCUUUCUGGUUUGAUGUCACAAAGUGGGAAAAAGGUUCUUCACAUUGACAAGAAUCCUUACUAUGGAGGAGAGAGUGCAUGUCUUUCUCCCCUUGAGGAGCUGUACAAAAACUUUAAGGUUCGAGGUCCUGCUAAAUCUAUGGGCCGUGGAAAAGAGUGGAAUGUUGAUCUUAUCCCCAAAUUUUUUCUUGCCAAUGGUCAGCUGGUUAAAAUCUUGGUGCAUACUGAUGUUACUCGAUAUCUGGACUUCAGACUCAUUGAAGGCAGCUACAUAUACAAAGCAGGCAAAGUGCACAAAGUCCCUGCCACAGAGGAAGAAGCCCAUGCUUCAGAUCUGAUGGGCAUGUUUGACAAGAGAAGGUUCAGGAAGUUGCUGCUCUUUGCCCUCAACUUUGAUGCGAGAAACCCUCGGACCUACCAGGACGUAGAUCCUGACAAAACGACCACACGAGACCUCUUCUGUCGCUUUGACCUUGGACUGGAUGUCAUAGAGUUCACAGGUCACGCCAUCGCCUUACACAGCACUGAGAGUUACCUGGACCAGCCCUGUGUGGAGACCAUCAAACGGAUCAAGCUGUACUCUGAGUCUCUGGCACGCCACAACACCAGCCCGUACAUCUACCCAGUGUACGGGCUGGGCGAACUACCGCAGGGAUUUGCCAGACUGAGUGCAGAGUACGGAGGAACUUUCUUGUUGAACAGAGCAGUGGAUGAGAUUGUGAUGGACAACGGCAAAGUGAAAGCUGUGAAAUCUGAGGGGAAGCUGUUCCACUGCAAACAGCUGAUCUGUGAUCCCAGCUACGUUCCCAAUCGAGUGAGGAAAGUGGGACGUGUCAUACGGGUCAUCUGUUUGUUAAACCAUCCAGUUAAAAACACCCACGAGGCAAACUCCUGUCAAAUCAUCAUCCCUCAAACACAACUCAACAGGAAGUCAGACAUUUUCAUAUCUGUAGUGUCCUAUGCUCACAAUGUGGCCUCAGAUGGGAUGUACAUCGCCACAGUGAGCACAACCGUAGAAACCAGCAACCCAGAGAAAGAGGUGCAGCCUGGCCUGGAGCUUCUCGAGCCCAUCAUGCAAAAGUUUGUCUCAGUCAGCAACCAGCUAGUUCCCAACGAAGAUGGAAAAAAGAGUCAGAUUUUUGUGUCUCGUUCGUAUGAUGCCACCGACCACUUUGAGACUGAAUGCGAGGACAUCAAGGACAUGUACCACCGGAUCACAGGAGCAGAACUCUGCCUCGGAGGAUCAGAGAGACACCAGUCAUACAACUCUGACGACGACUGAGGAAGACUUUCAUAAGGACCAGUGACAUCAGGAACACCAGGACCAAAUGAUUCAACAGCUGGAAGGCCAUAAUGACAUAAUGGAUGAUUAUACUGCACAGCUGUGAAGUGUUAUGUAGUGUGUAGGGUCAGUGAGUGUGCUAUGUAAAUGUUGAACAUCUGUUUUUACCUCUUAAUUUGUUUGCUAUAAUUCCCCCCCUUUGUAAAAUUCUGUAAAACAUGAUGUUGUUGAGUAAAA